AUGGUUGAGUCCGAACCCAUCCACGCCAUUAAUGGAGUGGGUUUUCCUACGCUGAACUUACUCCUUGAAGAGGCGCAUGACCGCUAUGUAAAGAACAAUGCGAAGUCUUUCGCGUUGUUCAAGUCCGGCCUAAACGAUAUGCCGGGGGCCAACACCCGUUCUGUGCUUCACGUCCAGCCUUUUCCCCUUACGAUUGCGCGAGGAAAGGGUGCGACCCUUGUCGAUGUCGACGGCCACGAGUACAUCGACUUCCUGGGCGAAUUUUCGGCCGGGAUAUACGGACACAGCUCUCCAGUCAUCAAACGAGCCAUCACCGAUGCCCUGGACAAAGGUUGGAGCUUUGGAGGCAAGAACGAAUACGAAGGCCAAUUGGCAAAGAUCUUGGUGGAAAUGUUCAAAUACAGCAUGGAUUCCAUCCGGUUUUGCAACUCGGGGACUGAAGCCAACCUGAUGGCUCUAGGGGCGGCUGUCAACUUCACUCGUAAAGACAAAAUCCUCGCCUUCUUCAAUGGCUACCAUGGUAGCACGUUGAUGUUCUUCGAGCGCGAACCCAAGUAUAGCCUGAAUUCACACAAGGAUUUUGUCAUUGCCCCUUACAAUGACAUUGCGGAGACCGAGGCAAUAGUGUCGAAUCUGCCCAAGGACUCGCUGGCGGCAAUCAUAGUGGAGCCGAUGCAAGUCUCGGGCGGCUGUCUUCCCGGCUCGCAGGAGUUCCUGCAGUACCUCCGAGACCUGGCGGACGAACAGAAAGCUGUGCUCAUCUUCGACGAAGUCAUGACAUCGCGUUUGCACUACGGAGGGCUUCAGGUCAGCUUGGAUAUCAAGCCUGACAUGACCACCAUUGGUAAAUGGCUCGGCGGAGGUAUGAGCUUUGGAGCUUUCGGCGGCCGCGGCGAAAUUAUGCAGUUGUUCGAUCCCCGACAAAACAGACUUCAUCAUUCAGGCACGUUCAACAACAACGUCAUCACCAUGGCGGCGGGUGUUGCGGGCUGUACCAUGAUGGACGCGGUGUCGUUAAACGACCUUAACGCAAGAGGUGACAGGCUGAGAUAUGCAAUCUCUCAGCUGAUCGAGAGGCGACUGCCCGGAACGAUCAAGCCAGACCACAAGGGGCUCAGGUUGAUAGCAAGAGGACUGGGAAGUCUCUUUGUCGUUGUCAUCGUGGGUCCGGAUAGAGAGAGGUGGCAAGCGCUCUUAUAUCACCAUUUGCUUGAGCACGGGAUUUACAUUGCUGCUCGGGGCUUCCUGGCUUUGACCAUCGAGAUCACCGACCAGCAUUUUGAGCCCUUGUUGAAGGCGAUCGAGUCUUUCAUCAACAAGUACGAGGCAAUUUUCGCCUAA